GGAGGAGAGGCCCAGAGACCAAACCCCGCGGGGGCGCCCUACACCCCGCGCCCGCUCCAUGUGCCUCCGCCCGAGGCCGGGAGCCACGCACGUCGCCAUCCCCGCGGGCGGGGACCCAGUCGGCCUCCCGGCGGCGCGGCCCUGACUCUAUGGCCCACGAGCAGCGCGCUGGAGUCCGAGCGCCGGCGGGAGCGAGAGCGCAGCCCGGGGCCCGCCCGUGGGGCAUGGGGGGCAGGUAGCCUCCCGGCCGCGGGACCCGGUGCGGGCAGGACCCCGCUGCGGGCAGCACCCGCCGGCGACCCGGAGCCCGCGGCGGGGAGAGCAGCCCGGCCGCCCGCCCGCAGCCUCCCGACCCGGCCGGGCAGGGCCCUCGGCGGGGCGCGCGCUCGCCGCCGCACUCCUGCACACCUCGCCCGCUCGAACCCCGGCCGGCAGGACCCCUAGAGCCAGAUGCCAUGGGUAACAGCUCGUCCAGUGUCUCGUCUGUGCCGCGCGGAAAUCCGAACCGGACGCCGCGGGGCCACCCCCAGAACCUCAAAGACUCCAUCGGGGGCCCCUUGCCCAUCACAUCUCACCGAUGCCACCACAAGCAGAAGCACUGCCCCCCGGUGCUGCCCGGCGGGGGGCUCCCAGCCACGCCGCUGCUCUUCCACCCACACACCAAGGGCUCCCAGAUCCUCAUGGACCUCAGCCACAAGGCUGUCAAGAGGCAAGCCAGCUUCUGCAAUGCCAUCACCUUCAGCAAUCGUCCAGUGCUUGUCUAUGAGCAAGUCAGGCUCAAGAUCACCAAGAAGCAGUGCUGCUGGAGUGGGGCCCUGCGGCUGGGCUUCACGAGCAAAGACCCGUCCCGCAUCCACCCGGACUCGCUGCCCAAGUAUGCCUGCCCUGACCUGGUGUCCCAGAGUGGCUUCUGGGCCAAGGCGCUGCCCGAGGAGUUUGCCAACGAGGGCAACAUCAUUGCCUUCUGGGUGGACAAGAAGGGCCGUGUGUUCUACUGUGUCAACGAUUCGGCUGCCAUGCUCUUCUUCAACGGGGUGCGCACAGCUGAGCCGCUCUGGGCCCUGGUGGAUGUCUAUGGCCUCACUCGGGGUGUCCAGCUGCUAGACAGCGAGCUGGUGCUGCCCGACUGCCUGCGACCGCGCUCCUUCACUGCCCUGCGCCGGCCGUCACUGCGGCGAGAGGCCGACGACACGCGCCUGUCCGUGAGCCUGUGUGACCUCAACGUGCCGGGCGCCGAUGGGGACGAGGUGGGGCUGGCCACUGGCUGCCCGAUCCCUCAGAACUCGCUCAACUUGCAGCACAGCCGUGCGCUGCCCGCGCAGCUGGACGGCGACCUGCGCUUCCACACGCUGCGCUCCAGCACUCACGUUCGUGUCCUGGAUGAGCACACCGUGGCGCGCCUGGAGCACGGGCGCGAUGAGCGUGCACUCGUCUUCACCAGUAGGCCCGUGCGCGUGGCCGAGACCAUCUUCAUCAAGGUCACGCGCUCCGGGGGUUCGCGGCUGGGCGCGCUGUCCUGCGGCGUCACCUCGUGUGACCCGGGCACACUGCGGCCCGCAGACCUGCCCAGCAGCCCAGAGGCGCUGGCCGACCGCGAGGAGUUCUGGGCCAUGUGCCGGGUGCCCGGGCCCCUGCACAGCGGCGACAUCCUGGGCCUGGUGGUCACCGCUGAUGGUGAGCUGCAUCUAAGCCACAACGGCGCGCCCUCAGGCCUGCAGCUGUGUGUGGACGCCUCGCAGCCGCUUUGGAUGCUCUUCGGCCUGCAUGGCGCCAUCUCGCAGGUCCGCAUCCUAGGCUCUACCAUUCUGGCUGAGCGGGGCAUCCCGUCACUGCCCUGCUCCCCUGUGUCCACGCCAACCUCACCCAGUGCCCUGGGCAGCCGCCUCUCUGACCUGCUGCUCAGCCCUUGCAACUCUGGGCCUCUGGGCAGCUCUGCUGGUGGAACAGCCCCCAACUCACCAGUGAGUUUGCCAGAGUCUCCAGUGACCCCGAGUGUGGGCCAGUGGAGCGAUGAGUGCACCAUCUGCUACGAACAUGCGGUGGACACGGUCAUCUACACGUGCGGUCACAUGUGCCUCUGCUACGCCUGCGGCCUGCGCCUCAAGAAGGCCCUCCAUGCCUGCUGCCCCAUCUGCCGCCGCCCUAUCAAGGACAUCAUCAAGACCUACCGCAGCUCCUAGCCUGCCUUGGCGCCCCAUUCCGCACCCACCUCUGCAGACUGCAGCCCAACUCUCACUGAGGGGCAGGCCAGUGGGGCCUCCUUUCGUCUUGGAAACUCUCUCCUUUUCCACCAAACAUGGGAAACCGAGGUCCCUGAAGGUCUGAGCAGAGGAGGGUUUGGAGCAGAGCAGUGGGGGCAGGGGCACAUCCCCACUGAGGGGAAGCAGUAAGCUGCACUCUCCCCAGCUUGUCCUUGUGUGCCAAUUUAGGCUUAAGCUGGGCUCUCAACCUGUCCUAACCCUUCCCCAUCAGGGAAAAUUCCCAGGAGGUCCACAUAGUCUGUGUGCCGAGAACUAGAAAAUGCAUACCUUCCUUUGGGCUGAUGAGACCCAGAGCCAGGGCCUGCGACUGGGCCCAGCGAGGUUGGGAUUAGGUUUUAGCAUCCAUCAAGCUCCCUCAGCCAACUGGGCAGUACACAGUCCGCUCAGAAGCAGCCCUGGGUCGGCUGCUGUCUCACCCUCUGACCUCUGCCCACCCUGCCUCUGACCUUUCUUCCAUGCCCAUUGGGCCUGGCCACUGUGGAUAAGAUGGUGGCAGACUUCUCUCAUCCUGGGCAGCAGGGCCUCCUGGGAUGAGUGGCUGGGCAGUCUGUGGAGGCCCCAGGCCUUGGGGAGACCCCUCCUGGCUUCAGGCAUCUGCCCCAACCAUCUCACUGGGUGCUGCUUCCCAGGCUGUCUUAGGAUGUAGCUGGGGCCUCUCUGCACUGGUGGGGCCUCCUAGAGUGGGUCUCGGGAUGCCCUCAGGCCUCUCUCUCUUUUCAGAGGCAGACAAGUGACCAGGAGAGGCCAGGACGGGGCAGGGAUUCUCUGGGCUACAACCAGUCCUUCUCCAUGUUUUUAUUUAUUUAUUUAUUUGGCUUGUGGGCUUUGUUGUUUGUGGGUGAGUUCCCAUCCCCUGGACCCCAGAAAGGCUUGUGAAGGUGGCAGCAGAGGUGGUUAUCACCCCUCAUGCAGUCCAUCGCGUUCAGGCCAGACAUACUACCCACGGACUGGUGCUCCAGCCUAAGAGGCUGAGGAGGGAGGCCUCCCAUCGAAUUGUGUCCAUUUUUCAGAGAAGCAGCCUGAGUCUCCUGGGCACCUGGGGCUGGUGGGUCACCCAGAGCCAUGAAGCACACCUUGGGGUCGCCUGUUGUGUAAGGGCAAGAAGGGCUCGUGGGGAGGCCUGUGUAUCCUGGAAGAAGAGGGCCACGUCUGGCUCCCAGCAUGCUCUUCUGUUUGUCACCUCAGCUCUGCAGGUCCUGACUUCCCAGCCCGCUACAGUGGCAGGCGGGUACGGACUUCUGGUCCCAGCUGCCCACGUGGACAGAUCGCUGUCCUCAACCUUGGUCCCCCUGUGCAGCAUGGCUGUUUGGGGACAGACAGACUAUUGAGGUAGCUCUGGGAAUUCUUGGAUGGGGACUCCAGGCCAGGCCUCUGAAUGUGCCAGCCUCGUGGGGGGUUGGGGAAGAUACCAUGCCACUCCGAGCAUAGCCCUGUCCAGCCAGGAGGUGCCCUAGAGAGGAAAGAAAACCGGCAGGGCAGGGGUCAAGCGAAAUAGCUGUCCCCUGUUCUGUUAGUGCUGGGGUUGUUGAUGCCUCAUUGUGAACUCCGGUCGCUGUGAUGUGAAUAAAGGUGAUCUCAUACCAGCCUAAA